AUUACGUUUUCCUCAAACAUUUUUGUAGAAUGUGAUUAUUACCGUCUUUCAGCUAUCAGCACUUGAGCAGUAGUCUAUUAACGUUCAGCGUGUGAAGUGUUCAUUAUCAUUUUAUUAAGGAUAUUUUAGAUAAUAUUCAAAUAAACAUGGCCCAAGAAAAACCCACAUUCGAUUAUCAUGAAGAAACUCACGGAGAAAAAUUAGCACGAAAGUCGAAAGAAUCUCCUUUCAUGAUAAUAGGAUUGGCGGGUCUCGCAACUGCAGUCGGAUAUGGCGCCUAUGCAUACAAAAACCGAGGAAGCAUGAGCACAAGCGUCUAUUUGAUGCAAUUCCGUGUCAUAUCUCAGGGUCUUGUCGUAGGUGCACUCACCGCUGGGAUGGCAUACACACUCUUCAAUAACCACUUUAAUAAGCCAAAAGCGAUAAAAAAUGAACACACAUAAUUUCUGAUACAUAACUUAUAAUGUAAUAUAUGUGAUAUUGUAAUAGGUUCUAUAAAAUAUUUUUGGCAUCUACAAAUAUUAUUAAGAGAAACGUAGUUUGGUUUUAUUUAAAGUAUUAUUUGUUUCAGCCAUCUUAACACGUUAAAUAUAUUACGUUGGGUUAGGCUUGCACAUUACACCACCAAUUUUUCAAUACUAAAUUCAAGAUACAUAUAGGAUUGUAAACUAUGUAUUGAAUUACACUAACAAUGUAAUAUAUUUUUUUAAAUAAUACAAUACAUAAUUUUUAUUGAUAUUAAAAAUUAUUUUUGACUUUUGUAAUUACCAAACUAAGUAAAAAACUCUUAGAUGCAUAAAUUAAAUUAUAACAUAUUUGAUAUAGUAAUAUCUCAGAAUGAAAAAAUCAGUACUAAUUUAAAAUAAAACAAAUUCGCUAGUAUUAUGCUUU